AUGACCACCACAAUGACAACGCAGCCCCCAAAGAUCCUCGUCGUCGGCGCAACAGGACGCACAGGCAGCGCAACAAUCGCCGCCCUCGCCUCGCACCCAAACCCGCCGCCGUCCAUCCUUGCCCUGACCCGGUCCCCGUCCUCCCGGAAAUCACAAUCUCUGCUCUCCUCACACCCUUCCAUCACGCUAGUCGAAGGCGAUGCAGCCAGCCCGGACCCGAUAUUCGCCUCUCACAAAGACAUAUCAGCAAUUUACCUCGUCACCGUCCCGCCGGGGGACGAAGCGCAAGCUACCCCGCUCAUCGACGCCGCGAUAGCUCACGGGGUCCCGCACAUAGUCUUUUCAAGCGUCGACCGCGGCGGCGACGAGACCUCGUGGACGAACCCGACCCCGGUGCCGCACUUUGCUGCGAAGCAUCGCGUCGAACUGCACCUGAGGGACAAGUCGGCCGGCACAGGCACGGAAUGGACGAUCCUGAGGCCGUCCGGGUUUAUGGACCAGUACCUCCCCAGCGCGGGGACCAUGGGUGCGGUGAUGGGCGGGUUGUGGGCUACCAUGCCUCGAGAUAAGAGGCUGCAGCUGGUCAGCGCGAGGGAUAUCGGGCUGUUUGCCGCGAGGGCAUUGGCAGAGGGCCCCGGGAAGUGGGCGGGCAAGGCGCUCGCGCUCGCCGGCGACGACAUCAGUUUCGGCGAGGCGGAGGAGACUUUUAGACGGGUCGUUGGCAAGGAGAUGCCGCGGACGUGGGGUUUCGUCGGGCACGCUGUGAGAUGGGCUUUUGAGGAUGCCGGGCGGAGCAUGGAGUGGUUUGAGAAGGAAGGGUAUAAAGCUGAUGUUGAGAUGUUGAGGGAGAUGGAGCCGAGGUUGCAGAGUUGGGAGACGUGGCUUAGGGAGAGUAGUGGAUGGGUAGAGAGGUGA